AUGGAACCUCCUCACUUCGAACCUAUACAUACCACACUCAAAAAUGGUCAAGAAGUAACGGUAUUUGGAUUAGUUGGCCACAGAGAUAAAAUUCCGCCUAGAAUUCUCGACGUUUUGCAUGAAAUGGCCAAUGCGGAGAUUCUAGAAGGUACUACAUAUCCGCACGAAGACGAUGAGAUCUACGACCUCGAAGGGUUCUACAAUUGGUGGUGCUCGAAAUUUUGCGCAGUCAUGGUCGCUGGCAGCUGUACAGAACUCACCGACGAUGCCCAAGUUGUGGGUAGCUUCUACGUGAAGCCCAACUUCCCCUAUGGUCGGAACCGACACAUUUGCAAUGCGGGGUUCCUGGUCAGUCCAGAGUUCCGCGGGACCGGCGCGGGCUACGAACUUGGCAAGAUCUAUCUCAAAUGGGGUCCAAUGCUGGGAUACACCUACUCAAUGUUUAAUAUGGUAUUUGUUACAAAUGUGGGGUCGGUGAAAAUUUGGGACAAACUUGGGUUCGAUCGGAUCGGGCUGAUCCCCAAGGCCGCAAAACUAAAAGGCUAUGAUGAAUAUAUCGACGCCAUUCAAUUCGGUAAACAGUUCUAG